UGUUUGUAAAUUGACAAAACAACUACCUUUUAAGGGUUGAAGGAGCAGACGCGGAGGGACAAGGCAUGGGUUGCUACCACAGUAAGAAGAAGACAAAAGUAAAACGGGGAGAGACGGGGCUGAAGGAGGCUGAAAGUCAUCAAAAUGGUGGUAAAGUUCCCUUGGAGGAGUCGGGCACGGAUAUGGAGAAGCAGUUGGAAGGUAAUGAGUGGCAGCUGAAGAUCCUGACAGAGGUGCAGGCUGCCAGUGGUAACCAGGAGAGGGCAGAGCUACUGAAGGGAUAUUCCCUCGGAGAGUUCUGUGCGUUGGUUCAGAACAUUUCUGACAAGGUGAAGACUGAAACAGUUACAGAACUGAACAUCCAUCAUGACGAGAAAUUCAAGAAAGCCUCUGAGGAACACCAGAAGGAGGUGGAGGAACUUAGAAGGAUACACUGUGAAGAGAAGACUUUGUUAACUGAAACCUACCAAGCAACUGAGAAUGUGUUGAAGGCAAAGAUUGAGGUGUUGACUGCAGAGCUCAAGGUUUUCGAUGAAAUUAAAAGGAGAGUAAAGGAGUCAACGUUCAAGAAGGACCUUCAAAGAAACAUUCAGGCCCAUGGCAGUCCUGGUGCAUUCUGGGAGUCAGAGCAGGAGAGUCUGUUGUUUGUGAUCGAGAUGAAAACUCGGUGUGUUCAGGAGCAGGGAAACAAGCUGCUACAGAUGGAGGACUUGGUGGAGAAAAACCUGUCAUUAGAAGAUCAAGUUAUACAUCUUCUACAACAAAAUGAGGACCUCAGGAUUCGCGUUGACAACUAUCAAAGCCUUAUACAGCAGCUGUCAAAGAAGCAGCAGGAACAGCAGGGGGAGCUAGAGAGGCAGUCUCAUCUCAGCCAGAGGCUUAGCCAAGAUAAAGAAGAACUCAUGUUUAAGCUGAAGCACAGGGACUCCUGCCCCUCCAUCCACCUUUCAGCCGUCGUGGCUGAGCUAGCCCCCAGAUGACCCUACCAUACCGUAUUUGGCAUAACCAGUGAACGUUUCAAGAUCAUCCAUUUUAAGCCUAGUUGUUCUAGGUAAACCCAACGCUUCUAGGAACUCAAAUUGAAUCAGUUACUGUUUAUAUACUGAACAAUACCAGCACAAGUGGAUUCUUUCAGCAACUUCUACCAGCUGUACUAUUGGGUCAGUGGCCAAUUAAAUAAGUUACGUUUCUCAGACUCUGGAGAAGUGUCAAGGUAGACGCUAGAGAUUAAUUAUCUUCAAAUGCAAGUUUUAGGAUUAUGUUCUACAAGACGAACUAACGCUGUUCAGUUACACUAGUGCUCCGAGUACUGGAGGUGUAUUACACAUAGACAUGUGUCAACAUGUACAGUAGCACAUGUUGUUUUUUUUGUUGAAUUACCUGUGCCUUUCUUUUAACUCAUCGCAGUGGACACAUUCACUUUCUUCUGGUUCUGAUGUAAUGUUCAGUGUGCACCUGAACUAGACAUUGUAGAUGAUUGAAUAACUGCAUUGUCAACUGGAUAGGUAGCAUUGCAACUGUAGCUGUUACAACAUGUAAACUGUUUACUACUGUUUGUCUUGGUACAUUUGUUUGUUCUGUGAAAUAUCUUUUUUGUCUUGCUAUUAAGGAAAAUUGCCCAAUUACAACAAACCAAAAGCAGUUAUUGGUGUUGUUUUUUUGUAUUUAAUUUUUUUUGUAUUAAUAUGCACUAGCACUUUUUAAUCCAUGUUGAACUAAUAGUGUUUGACAGAGAUUUUCAUUCUUGAUUUUAAAUGGAAAUGUGUUCAUGCUUAUUCAGUUUUACGUUUUCAUUUAUUUUCUUUUUAAUGACUAAGGGUGUUUAUGUAGUGUGUCAUCAGCCCUACCACAUUUUACUUUGACAGAAAAUUAAUACUGGACUUGAGUCAAUGUCUUUAGUUGAUGUGAUGCAAGUCAAAUAUCAAGCUGCUUUGAUAAGAGUUUAUUGAAGGUGUUGAGAAGUAUAAUUAAAUCUUACAGCACGA